GCCCCCGGCGGGGCGGCGCCAAGAUGGCGGCCGGGGCGGCCGGUCGUGAGGGAGGAGGGGGCAUGGCGGCGCUCGUCGCCCCCGGUUUCCACAGGAAGGCCCACACCGGCGGCAGGCUGGCCGCCAUCGCGGGGACUCGGCCGUCGGUGCGCAACGGACAGCUGCUGGUGUCCAGCGGGCUCCCGGCCAUGGACCAGCUCUUAGGUGGAGGAUUAGCCGUUGGCACGCUGCUCCUGAUUGAAGAAGACAAAUACCAUAUUUACUCCCACUUGCUGUUCAAGUAUUUUCUGGCAGAAGGAAUAGUCUGUGGACAUACUGUGUUGGUUGCCUCUGCUGAAGAAGAUCCAGAGCACAUUUUAGAGGAGCUUCCUGACCCGUUACUUGAAAACAGCUAUAAAAAGGAAGUAGAUGAAGAGGCAGCAAGUGGUAAUGAAUCAUUAAAAGAAUCUGUUGACUCCAUGAAAAUAGCCUGGCGUUACCAAAAUUUACCCAAAAUGGAGGCUAGUCCGGCAUCAUCUUCCAGAUUUGGUCACUACUAUGACGUGUCAAAAAGAAUGUCCCAGGAGAUAAUCCAGUCCAUAAAGUGGCACAGAUUUUUCCUUCCAGAAGAAAUAGCUUCACAUUCUACAGUGGAACCAGGUUUUAUGAUCGAUGGCUACAACAGGCUACUUCAGUAUAUCCAGAAAGUCAUCUAUGAGGAAGGAUUUGAUGGAUCCUGUCCCCAGAAGAAGAAAAAAAACAUUUUGAGACUAGGAAUUCAGAGCCUGGGCUCCCCGUUAUGGGGAGAUGACAUCUGCUGUAGUGACUCUCCCGAACACACUCACAGCCUGACAAAGUUUCUCUAUGCCCUUCGCGGUCUUCUUAGAAUGUCUCUGUCCACUUGCAUCAUCACAGUGCCGGCACACCUUAUCCAGAAUAAAGCAAUUACUGCCCGUGUUAUAAACUUGUCAGAUACGGUAGUUGGUCUCGAAUCAUUUAUCGGCUCAGAGAGAGAAACCAAUCCAUUAUACAAGGAUUACCAUGGUUUGAUUCAUAUCCACCAGAUUCCUCGGCUUAACAGUUUGAUCUGUGAUGUAUCAGGCACAAAGGACCUGGCUUUUAAAUUAAAAAGGAAGCUCUUCACCAUUGAGCGACUGCAUUUGCCUCCAGACUUGUCAGACACAGUGAGCCGCUCAAGCAAACGCGAUCUGGCAGAAUCUGCCAAACCAAGCUCAGGAUGUGGUGCUAUGACCACAGGCAAGAAGCACCUGGACUUCUAGUGAUUCCUCCUUAGCCGUUUCCCUGAGGAUUCUGACCCCCUAAUUAUGGCUGAUAAUGGCAUGUGUAAAUAUUUUUCUUCAUGAUCUGACCCAGCAAUCCUUAAAAACACGUAUCGCAAAAUGAUGUCUCAUUCUUUAUGUUUUCCAUUGGAAAUGUUGCAGGUUUAAACUUGUGUUAUGCCUCCAUUUGGGGACAGUUUAUGAUUUGAACUGGAUUGUUGAAUUUUUAAUAAAACAAGCUCCAGAAAGUG